UUCAGAACGCAAUAAGCAACAUGCUAGAAUUAGAAAAUUGUUUUGAACAUCAACAAUACCCAGAUGUAAGCGUUCGAGAUAAAUUGGCUAAACUAACAAAUUUGCCUGAAUCGAAAAUUCAGGUUUGGUUCAAAAAUCGUCGUGCCAAGCACAGAAAAUUUUUACGAAAUUUGCCUGCAACAGACGAAGGAAAUGAAGUUAUACAAAAUAAUGAACUUGGAAAAAGUAAGAUUUUUUGA